AUGCCGCGCGGCGGGGAGGCGACGGAGGAGAUGUGGACGGAGAUGGGUGUGGAACAUUUGGACGAGUUCGUCCCGGCGGGGACGCUGCUCGAAAUCGAGCGGUGCGUGCACGAGCGGUGCGUCGCGGAUGCGAUGCCAGAGAUCGUGUUUGAGUGUGAAAAGACUGGGUUAGUCGUGGUGGAGAAACCUGCGGGCGUGCCGGUGCUCGCGGGGGCGGCGCCAGGGUGGCAAGGGUACGGGAAUUUGGCGGCGUUGACGUCGGCGCUGCGGCGUCGCCGCGCGGCGAAGGACGACGCGGCGGACGAAACGCGGCGGACGAAACGCGCGCGCGCGACCGGCGAUGCGGGUAAGGUCUGGGCUGUGAAUAGGAUCGACGCUCCGGUGAGUGGGAUUUGGCUCGCGGCGACGUCGCCGAAAUUGGCGGCCAAGGCGAACGUGUGGAUGUCGAAAACGUCGCUCGGGAAGACGUAUUUGGCGCUCGUUCGAGGCGCUCAAAUCGAGUGUGGCGUGCGCAUCGACUCGCCCCUCGCGAAAGACAAAGAAUCAUCGUUAGCCGUGGUUUCGGAAAAGGACGGAAAGCCGUGCGCGACGCGCGUCGUUGUCUUGCAAAGGCGCGAGAGCGAAGACGUCGCCCUCGUAGCGUGUCGUCUGGAAUCGCACGGGCGCUACCACCAGAUUCGCGCGCAUCUCUCAUCCAUCGGGCAUCCGAUCGUCUUCGAUAGUGCAUACGGCGAUGAAGACCCAGAGUCGUCUUACGCCGGUCGCGCGUACGCCGACGACGCCGAGACCCGGGUCGUCGCUCGAAAGCUCGCCGAGCGUCGAGACGCCGCGUGCGCCGAAUGCGACGCCCUCAUCGCCCUCACCGCCUCCGACGACGCCACCACCAAACCCCUCGCCGCCAAGCGCAUCCAUCUCCACGCCCUUCGAUACCAAUUCUCCAUCCGAGACGUGAAUUACGAUUUACGUUCGCUUCGGCUUCCCGAAUUCGCGCUCGACGCCCUCGGCGCCGCCGUCUCCGUCGACGACGUCGUCGCCCGCGUCGACGCCCGCGUCGACGAAAUCGAAUCCUCUCGCGAGUAG